CUAUUUUUCCUCAAUUUCCUCACCCCAAAUGAAGACAGCACAUACCAUAAUGUCAUUAGAUUUCAUAUAGAUAUAUUCAUAAGGAUCUUAGUUUCAUCGUUUGAACAAAUCUUAACAACAUUGUUAAUUUGUUACACUAUAUUUUAUCUUACCUUUUUUAUAUCUUAUUUCUCUAUCUAUAGUAUACUCUUAACCCUCUUUCCCUUAUAUCUCGCUAUCUUUUCAUUUUCAACUCUUCCUCUUCAUUGGAUCUUAUUGGGUUGGUAGUUGGUACUUUGUUGGUUCAUUCCCCUUCACAAAAAAAAGGUUUUAGUCCAUUCAUUGGAUUAUUACUUUUUUUAGUAAUUUGUUUUUGAAGGAGGAGUGGAGGUGGAAAAAUAGAGCUUUAGAAAGGAAGAGAAAUAGUUUUUGAGGUUAAUCAUUACUUUAUUAUCGUGUUGGUUUAUGUUAUGAUCAAAGGUAUCUGAAUUGGCAGAGGAUAUCUGGUUUACGCCAAAAAAAAUAAAAGUAUCUGAAUUGUGAUUGAGUUGUAGUGUUGCAAGGAGUGUUCUUAAUGGUUUAUGAUCAAUUAAGGAAUUGGUUUAUGAUCACAUUUGUUGAGGAGAUUUUUUUAAAUUCAAGGAUUGAUUUUGUGCUAGAAGUUUAGUGGAAUUGUGUUUUUGUUAGAAUAAUAUAACAAGGUUGAAGAAUUUGGAUUAGAUUUGUGGUGUUUGAAAUGGAUCUUAGAAGUGGAAUGGACAAGGAUAUUGAAGUUGAUCUUGAAAGUGGAAUGCCACUAAUCGAAGAUAACUCGAGUAGAAUCUCUAAUCCAAGCACUACGGCAGAAGGGAAAGCGUUAUUCGCUAAUAUUCCUUUCGGGUUUGCUAGUGGUCAAGACGGAGCAAGUUCGUAUUUUAAUGAACCAAAUUUAAGUGGAGUUUCUUUAGAUGUGAUGAAAGUGAUAAACAAUAACCCGGGGAAAGAGAAACGUAAAAAGGCGUCGUCGAAUAAAAAGUCCGGCAAACCUCCAAGACCACCAAAAGGUCCAUCAUUGGAUGCUGCUGAUCUUAAGCUAAUUAGGGAGUUAUCUGAACGUGCGUUGUUGAAGCGUGCAAGGGUAGAGCGUAUGAAAGCAUUGAAGAAAAUGAGAGCUGCUAAAUCAUCAUCGUCGUCCAAUACAAGCAGCGUUUUGGCCCUAAUUUUCACUAUUAUCUUCUUCAUUGUGAUAAUCUACCAAGGCAUGUCACCUGGAAAAAGCCCAGUGGCAAGUUUCCAAGGAUCGCCUGUAUCAGAAGAAGCUUUAAUUUCGGUUCAGUACCAACUCAAUCCGUCAAGUGAUUCAAAUGCACCGGGUUCAGAAGCACUCGAUUUUGUACAGCGGGUAGCAGGUUCUGAUUUCGAUGAAAAAUUGCGGAGAGAUCAAGGUUAAUGCAAUCUUUUAAGGACUAAAAGAAUGUCAUCAUCACCUGUAUAUUUAAAGAAGAGAUGGCUUAGUUUUAUUGUGAUUCUCUUGGUAAUUUAUCCUUUUAAUGUAAUAUUAAUCAAACAUUGAGGGGUGAGUUAAAUUACCAUAGCGAGUUACCACCGUUGUUUUUCAUUGGCUUACCAAAAAUGCUCGGUUACUUUAUACCUCCUGAGCAACGUUUUUGUUGCUCAUGAUUCUUUUGCUUUUGAAGCUCAAAAGCAAUGGUCCUGAAUAUAUUAGCUUUAUAAUUAAGACAA